AUGCUAUGCUUUUGGGAUGCAAUCCGACUCUAUGCCAAUGGUAAGGGUAAGCUAGCUGGCAAAGGUGCACCAUCGCACUUUUUAACCAUCCUUACUUCUCAGAAUCAGUAUCAGCUGAGAAAGGUAUUCGAGCAAUUCGCUAAACUUUCCGGAGCCACCAUCGAAAAGGCGAUUGAAAAAGAGUUCGGCGGUGACGUGCGAAAGAGCUAUCUCACCAUCGUCAAAGCAUCCACUGACAAACAAAAGUUCUUCGCUGAACAGCUUUACUACUCGAUGAAGGGCCUAGGAACAAAUGACAAUGACCUAAUUCGGGUGCUGGUCAAUCGCUCAGAAGUCGAUCUCCAACUUAUUAAGGAGAUAUUCGAGGUAAUGUACGAUAAGACGCUCGCCGAUAUGAUCAAGGGUGACACCUCCGGUCAAUACCGUGACGCGCUGCUCGCCCUUGUAGCUGGAAACCGCCAACAGUAGAUCUAAUAACCACCUGUCAUUCACAUUCCUUAUUUCUGCUUAUCACUUUGCCAUUUGUUUUGACUUCACUUCUAUCAGUAUUAUCACUCUUCUCGUACUAAGUAAAGCGAGAACGCCACGUAUGUGACAGGACGGCAUAAUGACAGGCUCGCCCUUGUUCCCAAUUUCAGGUGGCAAAAUUCGAAUAUUGAAGCAAAAUAAAAGUCUUGAUU